CGGCCGUGUGCGAUUGCAAUCCGGGCCCAAAUACGCAAAAACCCAACGCGAGCUCACCCGGGUCACCACCAGCAGCAGCAGCAGCAGUAGUCAUCACCAUGUCCGCCGCGGCGGCCGACUGGCUCCCGGCCGCGGACGUGACGGCGGCGGGGCGGCCGGUGCUGACCGCGGGGGAGGUCGAGCGCCACCUCGUCGCGCAGGGGGACGUGGAGCCCGAGGAGAGCCCCCGCCUCGGCCCCCUCCGCGCCCGCCUCCUCGUCCUCACCUCCCACCGCCUCAUCUUCCUCCACGAGCCCUCCCGCUCCGCGCGCGCCCUCCCGCUCGCCGCCGUCGUCCACGCCUACCCGCCCCACCGCAAGCACGGCCACAACCCCCUCCGCUCCAUCUUCUCCUCCUCCUCCUCGUCCUCCUCGUCGCACCACCCGCGCGUCCGCCUCCAGAUCUCCCUGCCCCCGUCGCGAUCGGAGGUCGUCGCCGUCGUCGUCAGCAAGGGGGAGGCCGACGUGUUCUACGGGAGGCUGCUCGAGGCCGUCCGCGCGAGGGCGUGGGAGGUGGUCGCCGCCGUGGCGGCUGCCCCCGCGGGCGGCUCCUCGGCGGCGCAGGGGGCCCCCGCGGAGGAGGAUCUCGCCAUCAGGAUGCCCGUGGUUGGGGUGUCCGGGAUCCUGCGGAUGGAGCAGGAGGCGUGGGAGAGCGCGGGGCAGAAUCUGCAGGAUGCCUUCCAGGAUCUCAACGCCCUCAUGAGCAAAGCUAAGGAAAUGAUGGAGUUAGCGGAGAAAAUGAGGCAAAAGCUAUUGACGAACUCAUCAGCCCAAUCCAAUUCCAAUGAUGAAGAGAUGGGAUCUAAGCAAGACAUGCAGGAUUGGCUAUUGAGUGUUGGAAUCGUGUCCCCUGUGACGAAAGAAACCGCUGGUGCUCUGUACCACCAGCAGCUGUCACGCCAGUUGGCUGACUAUAUUAGAACACCACUAGAGAAAGCAGGUGGUAUGAUGGCACUAGUUGAUGUCUAUUGUCUCUACAACCGUGCAAGAGGGACAGAGUUGAUCUCACCAGAGGAUCUUCUGCAAGCCUGUUCCCUUUGGGAGAAAUUUGACGUCCCAGUCAUGCUCAGGAAAUUUGACAGUGGAGUGAAGGUGAUCCAGACCAAGACGCAUAGUGAUGAUGAGGUAUUUGCGAGAAUCUCAUCACUUGCACAAAAGGAGGAUGCCCUUCAGAAGGGAAUAAGCCCCAGCGAUGCUGCAUUUACACUUGGGAUUGCACCUGCUUUAGCGAAGGAGCAUCUUCUAAAUGCAGAAAGCAUUGGUAUCCUUUGCAGGGAUGUCAGUCCAGAUGGGUUGCGCUUCUACAUCAAUCUAUUUAAUGAAAUUGAUCCCCAAAAUAUGUAUAUGCCAAAAACUCAUGGAGUAUACCACACAUGGAUAUCUGUCACGGCAGCAUCACAGUGACUUAUCUUCGGUUGAUUGGGGAGCAUGACGAGCUCGGCAGUUCGUAUCAAUGUUCAGUUUUGUCUGCAUAUUCUGCCGUGACGACUUUGUACAACACCCCAAAGCGUGGUGUAACAAAUUCAUUAGUAUUUGCUUGAAUGAAUGACUUGCAUAAGACGUGACUGCCUUUCUUAAACAGAAGAGGUGAUGCUUUGAAUUAGCUUUUGCUUGUCUUUCCGUCAAGCAAAGACAUGUAAUGAUCUGAGGCAACCUUUUAUCUUUGCCAGUCAUUACUCAAUACAGAAAACUGGUAGUACUGAAUACCACUUGACACACAGAUAUUCAAUUUGGCAUUUGUUUCGUAA